AUGUGUGAGCGCAGUCUUUACAGAGCGGGCUAUGUGGGCUCGCUUCUGAAUCUGCAGUCUCCCGACUCCUUCUACUUCUCCAACCUGCGGCCGAAUGGAGGCCAGUUGGCCGCGCUUCCCCCCAUCUCAUACCCGCGCGGCGCGCUGCCCUGGGCCGCCACGCCCGCCUCCUGCGCCCCUGCGCAGCCUGCCGGUGCCACCGCCUUCGGCAGCUUCUCGCAGCCCUACCUGGCUGGCUCCGGGCCUCUUGGCCUGCAGCCCCUGGGCGCCAAGGACCGACCCGACGAGCAGGCCAAGUUCUAUACGCCCGACGCGGUCGCCGGGCCUGAGGAGCGUGGCCGAGCGCGGCCGCCCUUUGCCCCCGAGUCUAGCCUGGUCCCCGCAGCCGCUGGUCUCAAAUCGACCAAGUACGACUACGCGGGUGUGGGCCGCGCCGCGCCGGGCUCCGCGGCCCUGCUUGAGGGGACCCCCUGCGCCGCCGGCUUCAAGGACGACGCCAAGGGCCCGCUCAACUUGAACAUGGCAGUGCAGGCAGCGGGCGUCGCAUCUUGCCUGCGACCUUCGCUGCCCGACGGCCUGCCGUGGGGGGCGGCCCCCGGGAGGGCCCGCAAGAAGCGGAAACCCUACACCAAGCAGCAGAUUGCAGAGCUGGAGAACGAAUUCCUCCUGAACGAAUUCAUCAACCGGCAGAAGCGCAAGGAAUUGUCCAACAGGCUGAACCUCAGCGACCAGCAGGUCAAAAUCUGGUUCCAGAAUCGUCGUAUGAAGAAGAAGCGCGUGGUGCUGCGCGAGCAGGCGCUGGCGCUGUACUAGCCCCGGGCCUGGCCAUGGCCGGGCCUCCCUUUUUGAGCCGUAGCCUGGCGUGGAGGACGAGCUGAGACGGGGGCUUUUCCUGCUGCUCCUUCUCAGCUGGUCCUAAGUACCCUCCCGCUCGUCUGCAGCCCCCAAAGCCAGCAGGAGAUUUGGAGAUCUGGUCAGAUUUGGAGACCUCCAGGCUUUCCCCUUCCCCGGAGGGGCUGUGGAAGUCGCGGCACAACCUUGGCCUUGAGGCUUCCCCAGUGGGGGCCUAGGCGCACCUGUCUUAGCAUUUAAACCUGGGCUCACUCCAGCUCCCUUUUACUUGGAUUUCUGCUUUCACAUAGUCUCCUCCCCCUCCUCCCCAACUCCUUCUACAUUUAGCAGGCCAUUGAAUUUAGGAAGGCCUCCAGGGCAGAAUGGAAAGGGCUGUGGGCACAAUUGCGUCUCUUUGCAGCCAAAGCCCCGUGUGGAAAAGCCGGAAUCCUGAUUUUGGAGAAAGGAAAGGGUGCCACCACCACUCCCUGCUCUCUGCCCUGGAUGGUUUGGGAGGACUAAAGUGCCCUAGAUCUCCAGACUUCGGGAGGAAAGGGGAAGGAGUGUGGCCCUACAAACUCAGAAACACCUCGGAGUUCAGGCUGAAUUGGCUCCUCCAGCUUGGUGGAAUGGACUGGAUACUUCCUUCCCACGAAUGGGACAAGGGAGGCCAGGCUCCAUGGCAAACUGCACUUCGUAGCCAAGACUGGUAAAAUUCCCCUACUUCUCUCACCUCCUCACACACGCCUAGGCCAAAGCCCUGCGCUCUGUAACUGGUCCCCCAGAGGUGAGCUCUGAUGAGGAGCUGCUCCGCUGCUUUGGGGCUGGGCUGCAGUAAAAGGAGGGAGAAAUGUCCAGGGGCAGGAGAAUGGAGUGAGCAAGGGGGAGGGGUGUCCUACAUUCCGAAUAUAAAUAUGACUUUCCUGUCAAAGGUGGGUAAAGGUGUCAACAUGUCUUUCUUCCUUAAAUUAUAGUAACGGGCCACUGCAAGGAGAAGUGAAAGCUCCUCCAUCCAUCAGUCAGGGGGCAGGCAAGGAAGGAGUUCCCUCAGAUCCUGGGCCCCUCAGAGCUGCUCUUGACCAAGUAGAGAGGAGUAGAAGUUCCCCUCUUCUUCUCCACCCCCCCCCCCCAAUCCAAGUCCACGAGGGGCCCAAACACUGUGCCCUUUCUGAGGCCGUUGCUGGCCUGCCUCCAUGGAGUCUGAAAGGCCCUGGGCUUUGCUAGGCUUACUUUGUGGAGGCUGGGAUUCCAGGAUGCCAAAAGGGGUCGUUCCACAUGUGCCGGGGUAUCCUGCCUUAACCUCAUUGAACCCGAGGGCCCCCUAAACUCCUUUUUACCAUCCCUGCUUCUUUUCCCUCUCCUUCUGUGAAUUAGCGCCCCCAACUCCUAGCAAGAUGCAUAACAGCCUAAGAGCUUGGAAAUUCCUUCCCUAAGUCCAAUGAUUUAUUUUCAGUGGAGGACCAGGCCCUAGAUCUAGAGUGGGCACCUCACAAGGAGCCCCUGAGCCUCAGCCAAACUGACUUUAGUUGAUAUUUAGACUAAUUGCAUUUUCUCUGCUAUCUGAUAGUUGUCAUGCAUGUUUUGUUUUGUUUUGAUUUUGUCAAAAACAAUAGCUUGUAUAUAUCAGACACAUAGAAAUGU